CAUGUUUGGCAUGUUUAAUUCAACGGACGAAGCCUUCCUAGAAUCAAUCAGUCCGGCUCUUCAUCUUCCAGUAAUCAUACCAAAUCGACCUGGACGAAUAUCGUCUUGCGUAAAUCAUCAGAGUUAUACAUUCUAUGUAAAACCUUCUUAUGUGAGAGCUGUCUUAGAUUUAUGUAGACACUACGGCUGGAAAGAUGCAUUCUAUUUAUUCGAUUCAGACGACGGUCUUCAUAAUGCUAAUGAACUGUUAUACGAAGCGAGGAAGUUGAAUUAUUCGCUCAGAUUAGAUAUAGUCAGGUUAACUAACAUCAGUCGGCCGUACGCUCAACUUAGGUCAAUAGAUACUCGCCACGAGGCUGGCUCUAGACAUAUUAUUGUUGAUAUUCGGAAACCCGAAGAUUUACAAACAUUCUUGAAUAAGAUUCAAAUUGUUGGAAUGAACAGAGCAGAAUACCAUUACAUUUUAGGUGGUUUAACAAUGGACGAAUUAGAUCUAGUAGACUUUAGUCAUGGUGGAGUAAACAUGACCGGUUUUAACCUUAUAGAUUGGAAUUCUGCUAAAAUUAAGAACCUAGCUAAGAGAUGGAAUUGGGUGCAAAAUCAUCGGAGUAAAUUUCGGAAUAGUAUAACAGUUGACUCAAUAAUCUUUUUCGACUCUAUAAUAAGUCUAUUAAAAGCUGUUGAAAAUAUGAAAAAAGUUAACAAAUCAGCUUUUGAGAAUAUUUUUCGAAACGGAGAUAUUUAUAAUAAUGGAUCUAAAGGUUUAACGUGCAAAAAAUGGAAUGGACCUGUUGUACAAUGGUUCAAAGGAGAAAAUAUAUCAAAAGCUAUAAGAGAAGUUAGCUUUGAAGGCUUCUCAGGUCAAGUGGAGUUCGACCAAUAUGGUAGAAGGAAAAAUUUUACAUUAGAUAUUUUAGAAUUACGACUAGACCAGUCUCCACAAAAGGUCGGUAAUUGGACAGAAAAAAAUGGGCUCAUUAUAUCUAAAGCGAUAGAUUACGAAUCUGAUGGAGGAGAUUCUGCCAAUUCAACAAAAAUUAUUACAACUAUUUUGUCAUCACCCUAUUUAAUGUUGAAAGAUCAGCCUGAAAAUGGAAAACCUUUAGUAGGAAAUGAUCGUUUUGAUGGCUACUGUGCCGAUCUUGCCCGCGAAAUAGCUAAGUUGUGUAAUUUCCGUUACGAAAUUAGAUUAGUGCGCGAUGAUAAGUAUGGAGAAAAAUUACCAGAUGGAACAUGGAAUGGAAUGGUAGGGGAAUUAACGAAUAGAUCAGCGGAUUUAGCGAUCGCUCCGCUAACAAUAUCUUCUGUGCGCGAACGAGUUAUUGAUUUCUCCAAGCCGUUCAUGUCGCUUGGAAUAUCGAUAAUGAUAAAGAAACCAGAGAAACAAAAACCAGGAGUUUUUAGCUUCAUGGACCCACUUUCUUCACAAAUAUGGAUGUUCGUCAUUCUAGCGUACUCGGGAGUUUCAGUAGUUCUCUUUCUCGUCUCACGUUUUAGCCCAUUUGAAUGGCACGAAAAAACAGCUGAAAUAAGCGAAAAGAUGACAAAUGAUUUCAACUUGAUGAAUAGUAUGUGGUUCUCGCUGGCGGCUUUCAUGCAGCAGGGCUGCGAUAUUUCUCCGAGAUGCUUAUCAGGCAGAAUAGUUGGAGGGGUUUGGUGGUUCUUCACCUUAAUCAUCAUUUCAUCAUAUACUGCUAAUUUGGCCGCCUUCUUAACCGUCGAGCGUAUGCUGACUCCAAUUGAAUCAGCGGACGACCUCUCGAAGCAGACUCAUAUCCAGUACGGUACGUUGGACGCCGGUAGUACAAAGAAUUUUUUUGCUACCUCAAAAGUCUCGGUUUAUGAACGGAUGUGGAAGUUUAUGGAGAAGGCCGAACCGAAUGUUUUCGCAAAGACAACAGCAGAGGGCGUUGAAAGAGUUCGAGCUUCAAAAGAAAAAUAUGCUUUUCUACUCGAAUCAACAAUGAAUGAUUAUUAUAAUCAAAAGAAACCAUGCAAUACAAUGAAGAUAGGAAGAAAUUUAGAUUCAAAAGGCUAUGGGAUAGCCACCCCUCUUGGUUCGCCUUUAAGGGAGAAAAUUAAUCUUGCAGUAUUAAGACUCCGAGAACAGGAUGUUCUUCAAAAACUAUUUAAAAAAUGGUGGUUUGACAAAGGUGAAUGCGGAACGGACGGUGAUAACACGAAGGGCUCCAGUCAGAGUGCCCUAACCUUAUCCAACGUUGCCGGUAUCUUUUAUAUACUAAUCGGUGGCUUGGGUCUGGCUAUGAUUACAUCUCUGAUGGAAUUUCUAUACAAAUCUCACCAGGAGAUGACUAGACGGAAAAAGGGCAACCUCUGCUCUUCCGUGACACGCCAACGAAAUUCGCCCUUUUCACGAGCCGACCGCGAAAACGGCGGGGUAGGGUCGGGCAUGCAAAAGUCUAGCACAGUGCCACUAGCAAGAUCGAGCGCCGUCAGCCUGGUGUAGCGUAUUCCUACACACCUCCAAAUCAAGUAAGCGUUGGAACGGCAAAAAGGAAAAGAAAUGACUUACAUACACAGGUGUAACUUUUCAAGAUGUAAUUUGAACUAUAUAUUAUUAUUAUUCACGUCCCAAGUCUUAUUAUACUAUGCAUAAUAUUACAAUUUUUGGUUUUUCCUCCAGGAUAUACUGUAUAUAUAUAUACAAUAUAUAUAUAUGUAUAUAUAUUUCUAACUUUUCUUUACAUAACAUACAGUCUACCUGUAAAUACUGUAUAAAUAUACACAUAAGUAUAUAUAUAUUAUAUACUUAUGUGCGUGUGUGAGUGUAUGUGUGUGUAUGCGUGUAUGUGUUUGUGUUUGUGUGUGUGUGUGUGUGUGUGUGUGUGUGUGUGUGUGUGUGUGUGUGUGU